UCCUUCGGCGGCAAUCCCUCCUCCUCCAAUUGAUGGACUGACACAUGUAUCUGCGCGGUGUUAGCUGUUGCUGGAGUUAACAUGUUUUGGUGAUUGAUAAAGAUUCCAGAGUGUAGUGCGCGAAAGAUGCCUUUCCGAAAAUUCACAUGGAAGAAAUAAAGAGAUGAUGGCAUCAACAGUUGCUUAGCGCCUACUUGCCUGAACUGCCACGGGUAUGGAGUCAGAUCGUACCAACCCUUGUCGGAGUUUCUGGUUUCGGACACCGAGUACUCUCCRAAACAUUUCGAGGAAAUAACAAUUGUGUUAUUCAAGAGAUAGUGGACAUUUACCAAACUCGAUUCAAAGUACCCCUUUGCAUCGCUGUAAUUCAUCAUGUCUGAUCAGAAUUACUAUUGGACCGUUUUGCCCAGCUACAAAACAAGUUUUGUGACUGGGGCCAUGAUGAAAAGAUCAAAAAGUUGCCGUAACAACAAGAGAAGGAGUCUGGCAGUCGGGACCCCCUCGCCCACGCUUUCGCGACCACUCUCACCUCUCCCCCUCGCCACAGCUGGAAGUAGUCCCCAAGAAAGCCCCCGAAAUGUCUCCGCUAGUGCCUCCGCCAACUUCCAGUUUGCACGCAGCCACCUGGCCCGCACUGAAAGAGCGGAUGGGCGAAGAUGGUCUGUUGCCUCCGUCCCCUCGUCCGGCUAUGGAACCAACCCCCCCAGCUCUUCAGUGUCAUCCUCUUCCUCCUCCCAGGAGCUCUUGCACCAGCUGCCCUUCCAGCCCACGGCAGAUGAGCUUCAUUUCCUGUUUAAACACUUCCGGAGCACGGAGAGUGUAGCGGACGAGGAGGGGCAGCCCUCACCCCCCGUGAGGCUCCGCUCCCGCAGUCUCAGCCCUGGUCGGACAUGUGGCACCUUUGAUAAUGAGAUUGUAAUGAUGAAUCACGUUUACAAAGAGCGCUUUCCCAAGGCAACAGCCCAGAUGGAGGGGCGUCUSCUGGACAUCCUCGCCGACUGCUCCCCAGACAGCAACCUGCCCCUGGCCGACGGCGUGCUGGGCUUCAUCCAGCACCAGCUAGUGGAGCUGGCCAGAGACUGCCUAGACAAGUCCCAGAUGGGCCUGGUCACCUCACGCUACUUCAUAGAGCUACAGGAGAACCUGGAGAAGCUACUGCAUGAGGCGUACGAGAGGUCCGAGAGCGAGGAGGUGACCGUCAUCAUUAAGCUGGUGAAGAAGAUUCUCAUCAUCAUCUCCAGGCCAGCCAGGUUACUGGAAUGUCUGGAGUUUGACCCGGAGGAGUUCCUUCAUCGUCUGGAGGCAGCCGAGGGCCACGCCAAGGUGGGCCAGGUCAUCAAGACAGACAUCCCGCGCUACAUCAUCAGCCAGCUGGGCCUCACCAGAGACCCUCUGGAAGACAUGGUCCAUCUGGAGCAGACCAGCCCGGGGCUCGGCGCGGCCUGCAGAGACACUGACGACACUGAGAACCGGGCAGCCUGCACUCCUUCUCGCAGGAAACCACUAGAGAGCGACUUUGAGACCAUCAAGCUCAUCAGCAACGGGGCCUAUGGUGCUGUGUUCCUGGUGAGGCACAGGGAGACCCGGCAGCGUUUUGCCAUGAAGAAGAUCAACCGGCAGAAUCUGAUGCUGAGGAACCAGAUCCAGCAGGUGUUUGUGGAGCGGGACAUCCUGACCUUUGCUGAGAACCCCUUUGUGGUCUCCAUGUUCUGCUCCUUCGAGACGAGACGCCACCUCUGCAUGGUCAUGGAGUAUGUAGAAGGUGGGGACUGUGCCAACCUGUUGAAGAACAUUGGCCCGCUGCCAGUGGACAUGACCCGGAUGUACUUUGCGGAGACGGUCUUGGCACUGGAGUACCUCCACAACUACGGCAUCGUACACAGAGACCUGAAACCUGACAAUUUGCUGAUCACGUCCAUGGGCCACAUCAAGCUGACUGACUUUGGCCUGUCCAAGAUCGGCCUGAUGAACAUGACCACCAACCUGUAUGAGGGGCACAUUGAGAAGGACACAAGGGAGUUUAUAGACAAACAGGUGUGUGGUACUCCGGAGUACAUCGCCCCAGAGGUGAUCCUGAGGCAGGGCUAUGGGAAGCCGGUGGACUGGUGGGCUAUGGGCAUCAUCCUCUAUGAGUUCCUGGUGGGGUGCGUGCCUUUCUUCGGGGACACGCCCGAACAGCUCUUCGGACAAGUGGUCAAUGAUGACAUUAUCUGGCCUGAAGGUGAGGACACCCUGCCUGCUGAUGCCCAGGACCUGAUCACCAGGCUGCUGAGACAAAGCCCCCUAGACCGCCUCGGGACUGGGGGAACACCAGAGGUCAAGAUGCACAUGUUCUUUGUGGGUCUGGACUGGAACGGACUGCUACGACAGAAAGCUGAGUUUAUCCCCCAACUGGAGACUGAGGACGACACCAGUUACUUUGACACCCGGUCUGAGCGGUACAGCCACCUGGAUUCGGAAGAUGAUGAUGAUGAUGAUGAGACAUGUGACGAAGAUACGUCCCUGGAGCUCAAACAGUUCUCCUCCGUGGCACAUCGCUUUAGCAAGGUGUACAGCAGCACGGAGCACCUGUCCACGUCAACGCCAUCCAAUCAGAGCCUGUCGUCGUCGGACCGCAGCCACAGUGAGGAGAAGGAGGAGAGGUGGGAGGGGAAGGGUAUCCUCUCCCCAGGAGAGGGACACAAACACGUGGCCAGCGGGGACCGGAGGACGGAGGGCCACAGAGGAAGCCUGCGUCCCAGGGCCUCCUCCAGUUCGUCCCAGUCAGAGAGAAGUGCCAGUCCGCUGGUGAUGAACAGCACCCAGAGCCUGGACACCAUGCCACGCUUCGCCAUCGCAGCUGAGGAAGAGGACGGGGUAGUGUCCAACUUGCGGCGUAUCCGUCUCCGUAGUAACAGCACAGGCACGCGGCCCUCCUACAGACGUGGGGCGUCCCGCCGCAUCGGGCACCAGCUGGACACCCCCGAGAAGCCCAGGCCCCCAGCGGCCUGCAAGCUCCCCAAGUCAGCUUCCAUCUCAGGCCUGUCCCUCAUCAUCACCCCAGAUACCACGGACGGUCUCCCCAGCAGCCCCAAGUCGUCGCUGUCCCUAUCCUCCAACCCCUCGUCCCGAGACUCGUCCCCCAACCGGGGAGACCUGUCCCUCAGCAUCACCAGCCUGCGCCCCCCCGUGGUCAUCCACAGCUCUGGGAAGAGGUUCGGCUUCGCCCUGCGUGCCAUCCGCGUCUACAUGGGGGACUUGGACGUCUACACCGUGCACCACAUGGUCUGGUGUGUGGAGGAGGGCACUCCGGCCCACGAGGCGGGCCUGAGGGCUGGUGACCUCAUCACCCACGUGAACGGGGAGUCGGUCCAGGGGCUGGUGCACACUGAGGUGGUGGAGCUGCUUCUCAAGAGUGGCAGCAAGGUGACCCUGCAGACCACGGCCCUGGAGAACACCUCCAUCAAGGUGGGCCCAGCCAGGAAGACCAGCUACAAGAGCAAGAUGGCCCGACGCAGCAAGAAGAGCAAGAGGAAGGACGGCCAGGACGGUAGACGACGUAGCAUCUGGAAGAAGCUGUCCAAGCACACCCCUCCUCCCAUGCAGAGCAGUCGCAGUUUCUCCUCCGGCUUCCAACAUUCAGUCUCCUCCAGUGACAGCCUGUCUGGCUCCCCCACCCAGAGCCUCUCGCCUGGGCCCUCCACACCCUGCCGCUCCCCUGCCCCUGACCAGUCUGGAGACUCCAACUCCCCCCAGAGCUCCUCUCCCUGCUCCAGCUCUCCCAACUCCCCCGUCCCCCAGGCCCGUCCCAGCUCCCUCCAGGUCCUAGGCCGCUACACCAAGGCAGGCCGCUGCAAGUCCACCAGCAGCAUCCCCCCCUCCCCGCUGGCCUGUAUCCCCCCUCCGCAGCCCCUCUCCCCCCAGUGCUCUCCUUCCUCCCUCCCCAGCCUUUCAAAGGGCCUCCACGGCUUCCACGGCAAGACCCUGUCCCCUCCCACCAUCGCACGCCAUUCUGUGCGCCCCCGCAGCGCCGAGCCGCCCCGCUCGCCCCUCCUCAAGAGGGUGCAGUCGGCUGAGAAGCUCUCAGGGGUGUACCACGGUGACAAGAAGGCCUACGCCACCCGCCGACACACCAUGGAGGUACCCCUGUCGGAGGGGGAGGGGCUAGAGGCCCUGGAUACGGCCAGAGGGUUUGUCUGUGUGGGGGAACAACAUGGCCGCCAGGGCCUGUAUCUGGGCGGUCAGAGAAUCCACAGGGAGUCGACAAGCAGCGACCACCGCAGUGACCACUGCUCCAAGGAGUUGGUGAUGAGGAAACUGGCCCUGUCYGAGAGGAGGGACUCCUUUAAGAAGCAGRAGGCGGUGCAGGAGGUGAGCUUUGACGACCCGGAUGAGAAGGAGCAAAGACCCACCCUCCCCGUCAGGCAGCCGCGGUUUAAGGCAUCGUGGAUUAACUUGGCUCAGUCCGACUGGAGCCUGGAGGUGGCAGGGCGAGGAGCACAGGGUACAGCAGCGCAGAAAUCCAAGCCAAAGGAGAAGGAGGGGUAUUAGCCUAGCGUUGCUCCAAUAAGGUGAAAGGUCUAGGUAGAGUCACACCCUAGACUAAGGUUACAUACUCUCUGACCGGCUACUGUACCGUAUAUGAAGGGCUUGCAUGUUUAUCCGCGAGAAUAUACUCAAGCCUGAGCCAAUUGAGGCAACUGGAGGGAGAGUACAACAACAACAAAAAGACUUCACACGGUUGAGUUACAGUAUKCAUCGUACCACACUCGAAACUGUUGAGCCAAAAUUGGUUUAAUCCCUCCCACCUUUGGUUUUAGGUUCACUGUAGCACCUGUAACAUUUUUGUACUUUGUAAAUACCUUUUUUUAUGAAAUAACCUAUUUAUUACUUUUUAUGUUCAUUUUAUUUGUUUCAGGCUGAUGACUUCAUUUAUUGGCCCUUAUUUGUGACAAUGUCACAAAUUUGAUGCGCCCAUUCUGUUGUGUGAAUGGAUAGAGACAUGAGGAAACUCCAAGUUAAUGAACUAAAUUAAGAACAAAGAUUUGGAUGUUGCUUAUAGAUGCAGACAGCCGAUGAAUAAUAUGUUUUCUCCCAUAUCUGUUAAAUUGUUUAACAUUCUAUUAGUAUUCCAAAAGUGUUUCAUGACAUGAAAUAUGGCUGCUGAUUCUGUCUGAUCAAAAUAGGCCUUUCAAACAUACGUUGAAUGUUUAUGUACUUAGUGUGUCCAAGCCCUUUAAUUCAGUGCCGUCUUUAACACACUAGAACAAUAAUAUGGUAGUAAUGAUUCAUGGUCACAGGGAUAGUGAAAUAGUGCCCCCGUGCCAAAGCAUGGAUUUCUCAUAAGAACCCUUCUAAGUAAGAGGUACUGUACAUAGGAAGCUUCAUGAUUGAGCCCUGUUGCCAAGCCCUGUCAAUCAUUCCAGUGAUGUCAUCAAAUGGAUAAACUCCACCGAUUUCUUCCAUUGGUUUAAAUCACAAAAUGAUUGACGGGACACAAAAUAAAGAACGCUUCGUUCUGCCAGUGCUACCUUUUUGAUACUAGAUUGUUGGUGAUCCUGCAAUACCAUACUAACCUGCUUGUUGAAGCAAGCUACCCUACAAUGUAAUCUAGCGGAAGAGUGUAUUUGCACAGGUUAGGCGUUUUCCCUGAACACUGUUCUCAUUCUUUUUCAGAACUCUUGUUUUCCGUUUGCAUUUUAAGAAUUGUGCGGUGUAUGUAGGAACUGGCUCGCUGUGCUGUUUUUUUAAAACAAUGUUAUAUGAAUGAAUGUUUACAUUUUCGGGUCAGAUGUGUACUGUAUGUGAACUUUUUUCAUCUUCACUGUUAAAGGGGGCAAUCUGCAGUUGCUUCAUCCAUUUUUGGACUUUUAAAUUAA